GGGGGGGGGGUUAGAGGAUAAUGUGUAUACUGUGUGUGAUUCAGAAGUGGUCUCGCCGGGUUGCUACCAUGCUGCCUUGGUUAGUUACACCUCUCCUAUGUUUAUGGGCUCUUUCUCAGCUUUUGCCACCUGCUUUUCGAUUUGAGAUUACGUCCCCCAGGCUGGCUUGUGUGUUUGUUCUUUUGGUUACCCUUUUUUGGAAUGAGAUUUUGACGCCUCAGCUCUCUGCUUGGCGGGAUCGAAGGAAUCGACGUCUCCAGGAGUGCAAGAGGUUUGAGGCUAUAGAGUUGCAGAAGCUUUGUAAGACUGCGACACGAAGGUGUCGGAACUGCCUGACUCCAUAUAGGGAUCAGAAACCCGUUGGUGGUCGGUUUAUGUGCUCUUAUUGUGGUCAUAUAUCAAAGAGACCUGUUUUAGACUUGCCUAUUCCACCUGGUAUGAGGAUUUCAAAUUCUGGGAUUUUUAAAGAUCUUGUUGGAAAAGGCUGGAAAAUCUUGAAUGGAAAGGGGUGGUCUGAAAAUGUGUGGACGUGUGGACAGGAUUGGUUGGAGAAUGGCAACUGGGUUGCUGGGUCUGUUUCAGGGAAGCCUAGCUAUUGGCGGAGGAAUGGCACUAGAGUUUUUGGUGGAGAUGAGGAUUGUUUGGCAGAGAAGUCUUAUUCAGGCAUUGUUAUUUUUGCAUGUAAGCUGUUGACGUCCCUCUUCUUGAGCGUUAGGUGGCUUUUGAGAAAGUUUUUUAGGGUUAGUUCAUCGAGGGAUGAUGCUUCAUCUGAUUCAGAACAUCGGGGGAUGUUGACUAACAAGGGUGAGAAUGGGACAACCUUCCAAGAGAGCAGGGGAGAGAAAGCACGUCGCAAAGUUGAAGAAAAGAGACAGGCUAGGUUAGAAAAGGAGCUUUUAGAAGAAGAAGAGAGAAAGCAAAGAGAGGAGGUUGCAAGAUUGGUGGAGGAACAAAGGAAACUGAGGGAUGAAAAACUGGAGACUGAAAAAAAUUGCAGCAAAUUGUCUACACGUUCUAGGGAGAAAGAGAUGAAAAAGGAAGCUGAAAAGAAGCGUCAAGAUAGAAGGAAAGAGAAAGAUAAGACAUCUAGUAAGAGUAAUUCUGAUGUUGAAGAGCUUGAGAAGAGAACUAGUACGGAAACUGAACAGAAGCGUGGCAUUGAUAAGAAGAGUGAGAUAGAUCACCGGGAACAUCAGAAGUCUUGGCUGGAUAAUGUCAAAGCUAGUACUCUAGAAACAGGACAUGGCCUGAAAUAUACUUCUUCAAAUAACGUUAGCCGACUAAAUUCUGGAACUAGAUACUUUGAUCGUGUGAGGGGUACAUUUUUCUCAUCGUCUAAGGCUUUUAGUGGAAGUAGUUUCUUUGGAAAGAGUGGUAAUACACCUGCUACUAUUACAAAGGAAAACAAAACUACCAAUUCUGUUGACCAUGCAAAUACUUCUGCCCAUAGGAGAGCUUUUUGUACAUCUGAGCAUGUAGCUGGGAAGUCGAGUAUCAAUGGAGAUGAUAAGAAUGCUAAAAUCAGCCACCCGGUGCUUUCAGAACCCCAACCUAGAGCAGCGCCGAAAAAAUCUUGGCAACAGUUAUUCACUAAUUCAAGUGAAAAUGUUAUUAACAGACCAAAUUCAAAGAUUCAAGCAGAAGAUAGCCCACCAUUUCCUGGUCAUUCGUCAACAAUGCAAACCUUUGAUAGUCCUAUAAAUAUUACACUGCCAUCACCAUUUAUUUCUACAUACCAAAAUGGAGUCCCCAGCAGUAGUGUAGGUUUCUCUGCUACUGGAUCCGCUUUUUCUCAUGCUUCUGAAGGGCUUCACGAAAUUAUUCCAGAAGAACUGGAGCUUUUUGAAGACCCCUGUUAUGUCACUGAUCCUGUAUCCUUGCUUGGGCCUGUUUCAGAGUUGCUUGAUAAUUUUCAGCUGGACUUGGGUGCUGGCUAUGGAAGGGAUAUCAGUAUGGGUAUGGAAAGGCCUCGAACUUUGAAUAAUAUAUCCGCUUCUUCUGAAAUUAACAAGCCCUCACCUAUUGAGUGCCCAUUGUCAAGAUUACGGUCUGUUGAUGAAGGGCAUAACAGUUCUAAUAGGUUCCCGACUACCCCAAAGGCCCAAAAUCUUCGCUUUUUCCCUGGGGAUGUUACAAAUGCAAAUGAUAAGGGGACAUGGAAGAUGUGGAAUAGUUCUCCUCUUGAGGAUGGUCUUGGUUUGGUGGGUGGUCCUGCAAGGUGGCUUUUACCCUUGGAGCAUAAUGUAUCAAAUAAAGAAAACUUUUCACACCCUUCCAUGCAAACAACUACAUCAUUGUUCACGAAAGAGGACCCUUUAUUGGCAGCCACACAAACUCAGCAGGUUUUUAUUGGCAAUGGCCAGCAUGGCGGGGCAUUCAAUCCUGUAAAAGGUCCAAGUGGUCAUGAUCCAUGGUUUCAGAAUGCUUUCUUUCCACCAUUCUCAGGCAGUGAUAACCAUUUUCCUAUCAAGGUUCAGGAGGAUGUGAGUGAAAGGAGUUAUGGAAGUCUCAGUGGAGCUGCUUGUACACAUCCAUUCGAGCUUUCUCCUGUGAAUUGUUGGCCCAUGAAGGGAUGGGGUAUUAAGCAAGAAGGUUCAGGAGGAGGAGCUGUUGGGAACACUUCAAUUGCAAGGCCAUCCCCAUCCCAUGGAGGGGGUUUAUUUCCCACCCCAGAUGUACAGUCACUUUGGUGAUCUUGGUUGAAAUAAUAGGUUCAAUUUAUUUAUUUUAGUUAAUAUAGAAAUACAGUAUUCCCCAAUUGGAUUUUGUACCUUCUCUUCUUCCAUGGUGAGGAGAGUAUUAACGUUUUACUUACAUUAGCUUACAUAGGGAAUACACGUGGGAUUCAUUCACUUUUAGGAUCUGUAUAAUUUAAAAUGAAGAUUCUUUUACCCAAAUUUGAA